CAACCAUCAGGCGAGAUACCGGACCAAGGCCAAGAACGGGAACCCGGCGCUUCGGCUAACAAGCGACGGCGUAUUGGUCUUGCGUGCAAUGCCUGCCGCACGCGCAAAUCUAGGUGUGAUGGACAACGACCCUCGUGCUCGUCUUGCAUCUCACUUGACUUUGACUGCCAGUAUGAAUCGAGCGAAUCUGCCACCAAUGUCAUUGUACGCAAGGAUUAUAUGUCCGAUCUGGAUCAUCGUAUGGCCGCCAUGGAGCGCACAGUGCAGCGCCUGAACGAUGUGCUCAAGGGCCAUCUUAGUCCGUGUGCGGACAGUCGUUCAUGUACAAGAACCUCACAUCAAAGUGCCCCUCCCUUGCAGCCAAUUCGUGCGGACCCGACUCAGACGCGCGUCACGGGUCUGGAAGAGCCCCAAGAUGAAGAUGCUGCCACUAAUGGUAUGGCUAUGAUAUUCAAGAACGCACUUCAGCUUUUUUUCGGCGAAGCGUCUAACAUCAACUUCACCCAGCUCCUGCUUCGAGCUGUAGCUAUCGCGCGUCACUCGAGUACAGAGAUUUCUGGCCUCAAAGACAACUUCGGUAUCGGGGACGAUGCCAAUGUCGCAAACUUGCCUCAUGGUCAAUCACACUCAACGGCGCCGUCUGCAACUACCCUGGACACCUCAAUCACUUCUCUCCCACAGUUACCAGAGAUGAACAGUUUGUUAGACAUGUACUUCAACACUGUUGGAGUGGUGUUCCCUUUUAUCCACGAAGAGACAACCCGAAAGACUUACGCUGAAUGUAUGAAUAAUGGAUUUACAAGAGCUCGAAGGACAUGGCUUGGGACUUUGAACAUGAUCUUUGCAAUGGCCAAUAUGCUCGAUCGAGACAACUUUCCAUCAGCCAAAAAGCGCUUCGAAAGGUCCGAGGUGUUCUAUAGAAGGGCUGUUGGCUUAUGCGGUGAGUUGUCGAAACAUGUCAUCAGUUUGGAAAUUGUCCAUUACCUCCUUUUGGUCGUUCUCUAUUGCCAAGGUACUCAGCGCUCGGUGCAAGCUUGGAACAUCCAUGGACUUCUAACUCGUUCGGCUAUGGCACUGGGUCUACAUAGUGCUGCCGCUGGUGAAGGUUUGGAUCCCAUCCAAGAAGAGUACCGACGUCGCACAUGGGUUGUCAUCUACUGCAUGGACAAAGUCUUAAGCGUAGCUUUCGGAAGGCCAGCAAGUAUUCCGGACGAACAGGCAGUCAACCGACAACCGUCCUCAAGACUCUACCGGACUCCAAGUAUGACAGAGACUGGAGUGGAUACACCUGGCGAUUUCCUCGCUGUAUCUUUCGAAUUGUACCAAGUGAUGAGUAAAUCCUUGGUCAAACAGUACUCGGCCAACGCCGAGCGCAGAGACAAUGAUCCGGAUGAUUUAAUCGCAAUUCAAGCUUCUGUGGAGUUCCGUAAAACGCUUCGAAUCUGGGCGGCGAGCCUGCCGCCGUACCUUGGGCUGUGCGAACCACAGUCGGAGAUGCUCGCUGAAAAUACACAAUUGAAUCGUCUUCGUGUUAUACUCACGUUGAGGUAUCACAAUUUGAGUAUUCUUAUCCACAGACCCUUACUCAGUGCGACUAUUGGCCACUUGUUCCGGAAAGACUCUGGAGCCAUUGAAAGUCCACCUUACUUCAUCCAGCUGGCAAUGGCUGAAGCUAGAGAGUGCAUACGAUCGGCAGAAAGCACCAUCGAUAUCGCGUAUGCGGUUAUAACUUCCGAUCCAACAAGUAAGAACAAUUUGGGAGUGUGGUAUUUCACUCUUUAUUAUGUAUUCACGGCAUCGCUUGUCAUCAGCGCGUGUUUGUUGUGGUCGCAACAUGAUAGUAACCACGUGGACGUGACAGCCGUCAAUCAUGCAAGAAAACUACUCAAGAAAGCGGAGACAAUCUUUCAGCAUCUGGACUAUGAGAACAGUCUUAUCCUCAGCUGCUGGAAGUACAUUCAUCAGCUCUCGGCCAUGUGCGACUACCGCGCGUGGCCAGACGCGCCAUCAAACCCUGCUUCCGUAACGGACCCAUUCAUGACCAUGCCGCUGGAUGCAGAUGACAUUGAGGUGUAUCAGCUUUUUGCAUCCGAGAUGUUUGAUCCAUCUAUAUUCGAGAACAACGCGUAUGCAAGUAACGGAACUUCUGUAUGGGAGAACAUUAUGUGC